UUUAAAAAUGUCUGAAAAUAACAAAAAUAAUGAAGUUGUUGAAAAACAAAAUGAAGAAAAACAACCAGUAAUAAAGAAGAAGGAAGAGAAAAAGUGUAAGGGAAAUUGUGUUCUUGAAUUGAAGGAAAGUUUGGAAAACAUCAAAGAGGCUAUAUUAUUAAUUGCGGAAAAGAAGGAAGAAGAUAAUACAUCAGAGGAGGCUUCAUCAUCAGCAGCAGAAGUGCCAAUACAACAACAAAAUUAUCAUGGACGGGGAAACUAUCAACAAUAUCGAGGUGGUGGAGGAAGAGGAAAUUAUCGUGGACAACGUGGAGUACGCUUCUAUGAACCAUAUUUUAAACAACAGGACCGCUACCGACAUGCUGGAUCCCAUUAUUGA